AUGACAAUUAAUUUUGCAGUGCAGCCAACCUCGGAUAAGCUAAUGCUAUUUGGCGGAGAAGGACAUCUUCAGUGCCAGGAAACAUGGGAUACUAACAUUUACUCAAUCGUCGCCGCAUUCGUCAAUCGCUCCAGCGGGCAUGUGUGCAUGCUAUCCAACAUCCCAACAUCAUCCACACAUUCACAUUGGAGUUCCGUUCGGCAAUCAGCUGUGCUCACAGCUUUUCAUGGGCAGUUCGGACUUCCAGCACUCGCAGCUCAAAGCGCUUAA